GGCGCUGGCGGUGGCGGUGAGCGCGGUUGGCGCGCGCGCUCGGGGCCUGCUGGCGUGCACCUUUGGUCUUCCUGCUUCGCCCCGGUCCCAGCCCGGGCUCCUGCUCCCGUCUCUGGAAAUAUGUCCGAGGGAGUGGAUCUGAUCGAUAUCUACGCCGACGAGGAGUUCAACCAGGACUCUGAGUUCAGUAAUGCUGAUCAGAUGGACCUGUACGACGACGUGCUAGCAGCCAGCUCGCAGCCCCCCGAAAGCCGCACCAGCAGCUCAGAGGCACCCCCGGAGAUCCGCCAGGAGCCGUCCCCCAAGCCCAACAGCAAAUCUCCUGCCAUCCUGUACACGUACAGCGGGUUGCGCAACAAGAGAGCUGCUGUCUAUGUGGGCAGCUUCUCCUGGUGGACAACUGACCAGCAGCUGAUCCAGACCAUCCGCUCGGUUGGUGUCUACGACGUAGUGGAGCUGAAAUUCGCAGAGAACCGAGCCAAUGGCCAGUCGAAAGGGUAUGCAGAGGUGGUGGUUGCCUCUGAGAACUCAGUCCACAAACUCCUGGAGCUCCUGCCCGGCAAAAUCCUCAACGGGGACAAGGUGGAGGUGAGGCUGGCAACCCGGCAGAACCUGUCACAGUUCGAGGCGCAGGCUCGCAAACGUGUGCCGCCGAGGGCCCACUCCCGAGACUCCGUGGACUCGGUGGACGGCCGUGCCACACCGACAGAGAAUGCCUUGCCGCCUGCCCGUGUGGAGAAACCCCCCUCUGUCCUGCCUUUUUUCAACCGCCCCCCCGCCGCCCUGCCCCUCAUGGGGCUGCCCCCGCCGCCGAUGCCUCCCCCGCUGCCCCUCUCCUCCGGCUUCGGCGUCCCCCCACCCCCACCCGGCAUCCACUAUCAGCAUCUCAUGCCCCCGCCGCCUCGACUGCCCCCCCACCUGGCUGUGCCGCCCCCGGGGGCUGUCCCCCCUGCCCUGCACCUCAACCCUGCCUUCUUCCCCCCACCCAACGCAGCCCUGGGUCCUCCACCGGACACCUACGGCAAGGCCAUGGCCCCCUACAACCACAGCAGCCGGGAGCUUGGCCCGCCACCUCCCCCUGUGAGCGAAGUGGAGUUUGAGGAGAUCAUGAACAGGAACCGGGCGAUCUCCAGCAGCGCCAUUUCCAAGGCAGUGUCCGGCGCCAGCGCAGGCGAUUACAGCGACGCCAUCGAGACCCUCCUCACGGCCAUCGCCGUCAUCAAGCAGUCCCGCGUCGCCAACGACGAGCGGUGCCGCGUCCUCCUCUCGUCCCUCAAAGACUGUCUGCACGGCAUCGAAGCCAAGUCCUACAGCACGGGCGCCAGCAGCAGCUCCUCCAGGAAAAGACACCGAUCUCGGGAGCGCUCUCCCAGCCGGUCUCGCGAAAGCAGCCGGCGGCACCGGGACCUGCUCCACAGCGAGGAUCGGCACGAGGACUAUUUCCAGGAGCGGAACCGGGAGCACGACCGACAUCGGGACAGGGACAGAGAGAGGGACCGGCACCACUGAGACAGGAGUUUGGCAGUAAGUGGUUUUUAAUGGACUCGUAUCUCCUCACCUCGAUCAGGACUACGUGACCGAGGCCGCUCCACCCCCCCGCCCCUUCCCCGCCACCCCCAGCUCUCUCCGGGCGCCCGAGGAAAACCGUGCCGCGCUCCGGCGGGACUCCCACCGACACCUCGUGGCCUUGGGGCCUGAGCCUUUGCCCGCACUCACCGCUACUGCUGCUUCCCCGGGGAGAGACGGGGAGCCGGGGAACGCCUGCGCCUGGGCCACCCCGCUCCACUCCGUGGACUCUCGGACCCAAAGAGAAAUGGUGCUUUUUUUUUCCAUGGAGGGAGGUUUGUGAGCCCUUUCCUCUCCGGGGGUGGCUGGAGGGGAUGGACCCCUCCCUGUGAGCGUGAAGCGCGGGGGCUUGGAGGCGCACGGCUCCCGACCCCGUGCCCGGGUUUGCUGGUAUGGGGUCUUCUGCCACGUACCAUCCUCUUGCCUCGUCUGGGGACACUCCUGUCCCCAUCACCCCAGCAGUCCCAGCACGGGCCCCCCCCCGUCCCGCAGGACACUGUGCCACGCUCCUCCUUUUCCCCCCUCUGAGGGAGGGGAAGCGCAGCCCAUCCCCUCCACGGGCCUGCUUUUCCCCCCUCGCCCUCUCCGCUCUGUCUGGGAGCGACGUGCUGAGGAAGGGGGGGCUAGAGCUGGGCCGGGGGUCGCCCCCUCUCUCUGCCCCGAUGUUCCCCACCGGCUCGCCACAGCGCCAUUGCCAUCCCAAACAGCAGCUCCGGCUGCCGAGCGCCGGCAGGGUCCUGCACGGAGCCGGCCUCUCCCGCAGCACCUUCCUUGUUUUAGAGGAAGCGGAGGAGGCAGAGCGGGGCAGGGCAGGCUGCCACCCCCCCUGCCUUGAGGACUACCUGUCCCCCGCAGGUGCUGGGGGCUCUCCCUGCUGUGUCCCUGCGUCCCCCGGCUACCCUUUCCUAACAGGCGGUGCGGCGGUUCCGCGCGUGGUAGCAGCUCGGCUGUGUCGCAGAGGCCGGGACGGGGGUGGUGGGGACACGGUGGCGGGGAGGGGGGGUGUGCCUGUGCACUGCACAGAGCAGUGGGCAGCCAGGUGGGAGCCCCCCCCCACCCCAGCCCUGCGCUUUCUCCGGGCUGCGAGGCCCCACACGUGUCCCUCCGGCAGGAGAGGGAGAGCCCGGGAGCAUUGGGGUGAGCUGAGGAGACACAAGGUGACUUCCAGGGUGGGUGCCAGCCCCCAGGGCUGCCGGCCAGGCGGUGUCACCCUCUGAACUGUUGCUGGACAGGAGAAGCCCAGCUCCGGAGGUCUUUUUAGGUUGAAAUGACACACAAACAAAAAAAAAAGAAAAAAAAAACAAAAAAAAACAAACAAAAAAAAAGCAACCCAUCUUGUAAAGUACCAUGAGGUGCCGGCUUAGCGGGUGAGUGCCGGGGGGAGCGCUCGGUGGGAGAGUUCUGUUUUUUACUUAAUGACACAAAUUUUUAGUUUCUUUCCAAAUAUAGUGGGGAAAAGUGCAGAGCAAACCCCUAUUAACCACCCAGCGAGGCGCUGCCCCUCCUGCUCGCAGUGACUAGAUUUGUUUGUCUUUCUGAUAGGUUGGAAAUUGUGUAAUAAACUUGAUGACAUUGUCGAUCUUUUA